AUGAAUACGAACUCUACAACUGCUCUACAAUACUCAGUUGAUCGGAAAAUGGAAGAUUCCAUGGAUUCUACCAAGCUUCGAGAUGAAUUUCUCCAAGUUCUUCGCAGUCGCAGCCGUCGAACGGCAGAAGUUCCUCUUUCUGUUGAACCUGCUCAACCUGUGCGAGAUCCACUGAAUCAGGAAACUCCAAAGCCAACCUUCAGCAAGGCCAUGGAGUCUACUCCAAAGAAAGAUAUUCCGAAUUUUAAGGAACUUAUUCAGGAGGAGAAUUUGUACCUGAUUACUGAGGAUGGGGAUCAAGGACAUCUCCCAGUUUUGAUAUUGAGUAUGAAAGAAAGCAGUGAAAAAAGAAGACCAGCAAUUGUCUUUCUACAUAGCACAAAUAAAUGCAAGGAGUGGCUGCGGCCGUUGCUUGAGGCAUAUGCGUCAAGGGAUUACAUGGCGAUAGCCAUUGAUUCUCGAUAUCAUGGAGAGCGUGCCAGCAGCCUGACAACCUAUAGAGAUGCUCUGGUGUCAUCAUGGAAGAAAGGCAAUACGAUGCCAUUCGUAUUUGAUACGGUGUGGGACUUGAUAAAAUUGGCGGAUUAUCUUACUCAAAGGGAGGAUGUAGACCCGUCUAGGAUAGGAAUUACUGGCGAAUCACUUGGAGGAAUGCAUGCAUGGUUCGCUGCUGCUGCUGAUACUCGCUAUGCAGUAGUUGUCCCUAUAAUUGGUGUUCAGGGAUUUCGAUGGGCAGUUGAACAUGACAAGUGGCAAGCUCGAGUUGACAGUAUCAAGGCUGUAUUUGAAGAAGCACGGAUUGAUUUAGGCAAGAGCACCAUCGAUAAAGAAGUAGUGGAGAAGGUCUGGGACAGAAUAGCUCCUGGUUUGGCCUCUCGGUUUGAUUCGCCUUACACAAUUCCAGCCAUUGCUCCUCGUCCUCUCCUGAUUUUAAAUGGCAAAGAAGAUCCUCGUUGUCCAAUUGAUGGCUUGGAACUCUCAGAAUCAAGAACCAGGAAAGCUUACGAAGAUCCCGAUUAUCUUAACAAUUUCGAGGUGGUAGCAGAACCAGGAAUUGGACAUCAGAUGACACCUUUGAUGGUCAAAAGAGCCAGUGAUUGGUUCGAUAAGUUCCUUAAACUGUUUAAAUUUAGAAGUGUCUAUAAAAAGCAAGUCCUCUGGUUCCGAGGGCCUGAACAUUUUGUUGUUGGCCACAGCCAUAGGCUGUGA